CUGAUGUCUGGUCUCAUGGAAGAUGAUUCGUCUUGGGAGGCUCAUUCAUUUGAGCGCACUAGAGUUCCUGCAUUCAACUUUCAAGUUGUUUCAGAGGCUAUCAACGGAGAACAAGAACUCCCAUGUUCAUUAGACAUUGUUGUUCCUGAUGAUAUCCUGGAGAAAAUUUUCACCUUCUUGCCAAUAGCAAGCAUGAUACGGUCAACAGCAGUAUGCAAGAGAUGGCAUGGUAUUAUCAACUCAAGCAGGUUUCUUUGGACUCACAUGUUGCCUCAGAGGCCAUGGUACUUCAUGUUCACCUGUAAUGAGACUUCUUCUGGGUAUGCUUAUGACCCCAUCCUCCGUAAAUGGUAUGAUUUAGAGCUUCAAUGCAUUGAUAAGAGCAGCUGUUUUGUCUCUUCUUCAUGUGGACUAGUUUGCUUCAUGGAUAAUGACACCAGAAACAUCAUUUCUGUAUGUAACCCUAUCACGAAAGAUUGGAAGAGGCUUUUGGAGCCUCCAGGUGCAAAGUUACCAGAUUACAGUACCAUUGCCAUAAUGGUAGAUCGGGUGUCUCAUAAUUACACUAUUACAUUAGCAACAUCCAAGCAGGUAGCUGAGGAUUAUGUCCAAUGGAAUUUCUCUAUAUACAAGUAUGACUCGUGGAGUAGUUCAUGGGUAAUUGCCAGGAAGGAGGUGCUGAUUGGUUGGAGAGGGGGCGACGAUAGUGUGAUAUGUGGUGGAGUCUUGUACUGCUUAAUCCAGUCCACUGGUGUUCUUGGCAAUGUUAAUCCCCGUCAUAGACUUAUCAUGCUUGAUCUUGUUGCCGGACCUUCUGAAGCCUCAUUAAUGCAAUCGUCAAUCCCAGUACCUUGUUCUCUCACCUGCGGACGUCUACUAAACCUAAGAGAGAAGCUGGUAAUGGUUGGUGGGAUUGCUAAACACAAUAGACCUGAUAUCAUUAAGGGGAUCGGUAUAUGGGAGCUCGACAAGAAACAAUGGCAAGAGGUAGCUCGAAUGCCUCACAAGUUCUUCCAAGGAUUUGGCGAGUUCGAUGAUGUUUUCUCUAGCAGCGGCACGGACGAUCUUGUCUACAUCCAAAGCUAUGGUGCAACUGCUUUGCUUACAUUUGACAUGAAGCAGAAGCAGUGGAAGUGGUCAGCAAAAUGCCCUGUGAGCAGAAAGUUUCCUCUCCAGCUUUUCACUGGUUUUUGCUUCGAGCCUCGGCUGGAUAUUACCACUUAA